GAUGUUCAUGUUCUGUGAUUUAAAAUAUAAAAAAAUCGGCACCUGUGUCUCGUAUCACUUUCAUUGGCUCCAUGAAUUCUCGAGCGUCAAUGUGUGUGUGGUGCCGGUUGGGUGAGGACGUGGCUGCUCCGAGUGUCGACCAUGGUCUCCGCCUCUAUACCUUCUUGGCAUGUGCUGCUGCUGCUGGUGGUGUGGACGACACACGCCUCCCAGGCCGCCGAGUCUCCUCACUUCCUGCUGAAAGGGCAGUGCCCUGUAGUGACGCUGGCCGAGGGCUUCAACAUGCAGCAGUUUAAAGGGACGUGGUACAGGAUUGGCGGACUGCCCAACGUCGAGGAGCGCUCCGUUAACUGCACUGUAUAUAACUACGUCACUACAGACGCGGGCUACAUCGUGAACUCCAGUGGACUAGACAGGGCAGGGAAGCCCGUGAAGCAGAACAUCACCCUCCUCGCAGACACUCCUGGCAUGGCCAAGUUCUCCACCAGAGUUAGAACCUUCGACGCGGAGAUGGUGGUCCUGAACACUGACUACACCACCUACUGCUGCCUCUUCACCUGCUACAACUUCCAAGGCAGUCACAAGGCCAUCUUCGCCUGGAUCCUCUCAAGAACGUCCACACUAAAGAAACAAGAGAUCGCCAACUGCCAGAAGGAACUGGAGAGAGUUGGCGUGCCACUGGAGAAGCUGAGAGGGACUUACCAGGGGGCGGACUGUAACCACCAGUAACGUCCAAUUUAACGUCCAACUUUCAACAAGACCAACCUGUCAACACCAGCCUUGUGACCUUCAACGCCUUCCAAAUAUAUUGUACAUAAAUACUACCAGGCUGAGACGUAGUGUUGUGUGUGUGUGUGUGUGUGUGUGUGCGCGUGUGUGUGUGUGUGUGUGUGUGUGUGUGUGUGUGUGUGUGUGUGUGUGUGUGUGUGUGU